AUGGACCUUCCCCCACCAUCAUACGAAGAUGCGAUCCGGCAAGGGCCCGGAAAUACCCCAGGCGACAACCACAACCACAACCACGGCGACAGUCAAGGACGACUUCGUCUAGAACUCCAAGGCACCUCGAUCCGCGAUCUAUCGACCGGACAGGUCUUAUACAGACUAAGCCGGUCGGUGACGAGUUUACCAAAACCCGGACCAAACAGUUCGUCCUCGGUGACCUUCGAACGGGUAGAAUACAACAAUACUCCACCAGAAGCUAAAAGCACUGGCAUACACAAAGACGAUUCAAAAUCAGAGCCAGAUCCAGAGUCCCAACCACAGAAUAAACACCUCUUCUACCUCGUGCACCCGCGCGACGCGCAAUACCGGCGCGACACCCCAGCAUACUACAUAACAUGCCUCUCCGCCUCCCCGGACAAAAUGGAAGGCAACAUGCAGUUCGAAACGCGCGGGACAGUCCUGCACGGGACGGAAUUCCAGGCUCUGCUUAGUCGCGGGCGCACGUGGGAACAUAAACCACUUUUCGCGAUGGGUGGGAAGGUCCCGCUGUUCAGUGCGCGACGGGAGGGGCUGGUGGGUGGGCAGUAUACGUGGAGAGAGGACUCUGGGAAGGAAGUCGGCCAUGAGUCUGCUCGGAACGGGGAAUCGCGUGGGCUUGUUAUUACGAGUCCGAUGGAGCAGGAGAGGAGGGAUGCGUUGGUGGCGCUGUGGGCGUUGAGGGUUUGGUAUGAGGUUGCUGAGAGUCCAAAGGCGAAGCGGGAAGAGUUGGAACGGAUGACACCAGCCUCGGCCUUUUCAAAUCACAGUGGAUUUCCAAGGAAAGCCGGGGCUCUUGGUGCUCUUGGGGCUUUGGGAGCGGCUGGCGGUGGGGGUGGUUGUUGA